UUCCCUUUUUCGUGACUCCCGUUUAGUACUGGUUGUAACUUGACAGUAGAGACCAGUGAACAGUUAGCGGUCGUGAGCUCAAGUCGCGAGUGAACGAUCCUGUGAGUGAACGAAAUGUGCAGCCAACAGAUGCCCUAACAAAAGCUGGUGGUUGUUUGACGUUAAUUGUCGACCUAACGUUCAUUAGUUCCAAUAAAUUUCCCAAUUCAGAGUGAGUGAAUUCAUUUAUAAACGAAAAUAUGUAUCCUCAACUUGCUUUGAGAAAACGAGUAACGAUUCUUUCCGCCUUGAUCCACUGGCUCUUCGUGACAACCCACAUAUAUUAGUAAAGAAAGAGGCAGAAAAUGGUGUAAGGGAGUGAAGUGUCUGAUUGAUAUUGAAACUGAAGUGAACACUACAGAGACUGAAAGAAAUCUAACAGCUUUUAGUGCAAAGUAAUCAUCACAGACUUUCAAACAGCAAGAAUACAAAAAUGCCUUUUUUUGGUAAACGUGAUAAAGACAAGGAGUCCAGCAAGAAGAGCACCAAUCUCUUGAAAAAAGAUGACAAAUCCUCACCAUCUCUGGAGGACAGAUAUGAACUGAAAGAUCUCCUUGGAACGGGUGCUUUCUCGCAAGUGCGGCUGGCCGAAUCGAAAACAGAAGCUGGCAAGCUGUUUGCCGUCAAAAUCAUUGACAAGACGGCGCUCAAAGGCAAGGAAGACUCGCUAGAGAACGAGAUCAAAGUUCUACGAAGGCUCAAGCACCCCAAUAUCGUCCAGCUGCUGGAGACGUACGAAGACAAGAGCAAAGUCUACCUGGUCAUGGAACUAGUGACAGGUGGCGAACUCUUCGAUCGCAUCGUGGAGAAAGGAUCGUACACGGAAAAGGAUGCGGCCGAUCUGAUGCGACAAGUCCUCGAGGCCGUCGACUACAUGCACGAGCAAGGAGUCGUCCAUCGCGAUCUCAAGCCGGAGAAUUUGCUGUACUACUGCCCGGAUGAAGACAGCAAGAUCAUGAUCAGCGAUUUCGGAUUGUCCAAAAUGGAAGACUCUGGUAUCAUGGCAACGGCGUGCGGGACUCCCGGUUAUGUCGCACCGGAAGUGUUGGCCCAAAAGCCCUACGGCAAAGCCGUCGAUGUCUGGAGCAUCGGAGUCAUUUCCUACAUCCUACUGUGCGGCUAUCCGCCCUUUUACGACGAGAGCGACGCCAAUCUCUUCGCACAAAUCUUGAAAGGUGAAUUCGAGUUUGACUCUCCGUAUUGGGACGAAAUUAGCGAUUCCGCCAAGGAUUUCAUCCGUCGACUCAUGUGUGUCGAUGUCAACAAGCGUUUCACAUGCCGCGAAGCCCUCCAACAUCCCUGGAUAUCUGGCAAUGCCGCCAGCACCAAGAACAUCCAUAGUUCCGUCUCUGAGCAACUGAAAAAGAACUUUGCCAAGUCGCGAUGGAGGCAAGCGUACAACGCCACGGCCGUCAUCCGCCAGAUGAGGCACUUGGUUUUGGCCAGCACCAACAGCCGGUCGACGUUGAGCAGUGGCGAAGAAAACAACUCUUCCAGCGACCGCGAGCUCGACGAUCAACCGCCCCGCCCCAAAUCCGUCAACGCCGCCUCAGCCAACGGACGUCCAGCCCUCUAGCUAGAAAACAACAACAACAACAUCUUGAAGACAAAUAUUAUAUCAGAUCAAACAUGAAAAAAAAAAAAUAAUUUUUUCAAACUUAAAAUCUAAAAAAAAAAAGAAGAUCCAUUUUGAUUUUCUCCUCUUUUCGGCUUCUCUUGCAGUCCCUUUGAUAAUAAUCCAUUUCAUAGAAAAGGAAAACAAAAGAAAAC